UGGUAUCAAUAGAUAAAAGAAUAAACAACACCGUUUAUUUUCGGCCAAGAUGAAGUGAACCACCAUCGUCGUCUCUGAAACCCAACUAGAACCCUAAACCAAACGAAAACGGCGCCAUCACUUUUCACUCCUCCGAUCAAUUCGUCUACAUUCCCAGGCAGUGAGUGAACUUUGCGAGCUGAAAUGACGAGAGCUUACAGUGUAAAGGGGAAGAAGAGGAAGAACAAGGACGUUGUUGAAAAGUACCACCGUGAAGAUAAAGAAGUUGCAGAUGAAGAACAAGUUCAACCAAAGAAACCAAAUCUUCAGAAGGAAGAAGAACCAACACAAACACCAACACCAAAAAUAACAGAGGAAAACAAUAAUAACGAACUUGUUGGUAUCCCAAUUGCUCCUCCAACUGAAAACAACAGUGAGAAACCAGGUGUUAUAUUUAUUCUCGAAAAAGCUUCUUUGGAAGUCGCUAAAGUCGGCAAGACUUAUCAGCUUUUGAACUCGGAUGAGCAUGCUAAUUUCCUCCGCAGACAGAAUAAGAAUCCUAAUCAUUACAGACCCGACAUUUGUCAUCAGGCACUUCUAUCUAUUUUAGAUAGCCCACUGAAUAAAGCUGGGAGGUUGAAAGUGGUAUACAUAAGGACUGAAAAAGGUGUUCUCAUAGAGGUUAAACCCCAUGUUCGUAUUCCAAGAACAUUCAAACGGUUUGCUGGUGUCAUGUUGGAACUGCUUCAGAAAUUGAGUAUACAUGCUGCUGGCAAGCGUGAGAAACUUCUCCGCACAAUAAAAAACCCCGUAACCCAAUAUUUGCCUAUCAACUCGCGGAAAGCAGGUUUAUCUUUUAGUUCAGAGAAGCUGGUAAAUAUGAAAGACUAUUUGUCAACAAUUCCAAGCAAUCUGGACCUUGUCUUUGUGGUAGGAGCAAUGUCACAUGGGAAGAUUGAGACAGAUUACACAGAGGAUUAUAUAGCUGUUUCUGGGUACCCUUUAAGUGCUGCUUACUGUAUUGCAAGGAUUUGUAAUUCCAUUGAGGGAAAGUGGAACAUAUUGUGAUUUAGCUUCUUCUGUUUAUGCUGGAUGGACAAUAUAUUUGUUUGAAGAGCAUAUUCACUUUAUGUAAUAUUUACGGAUAGGUAGGUCUAUGUGUCAUAUAGGGAAUCAAAGUGUGAGCACUAGGCCUUGAAUAUUUGUGGGUAUGUUUUUAACUUUGUAUUCUAACUUAUCUCUAUAUUGUUCUACAUCA